AAGGAGAACACAGAAGGCAGACGAUCACACCUCCGCCUUAAAAAUAAUUCUGAUCUACUCCGUUUCAAGCUUGUCAUCAGUGUCCUUCUUCUCCACCGUUUAAACCCUAAUCAGGAUAACAAAGCGAUGCACAGUGUUCUCCAGCUUCUUCUUCUUCUUCUCAUCGCCACCGUUGCGAUCUCGAUCCCUGUUUUCGCCGAGGAGAACGAUUCGAUAUACGACGUCCUUCGAGCACACGCCUUGCCUAUGGGGCUAUUACCAAAGGGAGUAAAGGAGUUCAACGUCGACGUGGCGACAGGACAUUUCUCGGUUUUCUUAAACCAAUCUUGCAAGGCCAAGUACGAGAGCGAGAUACAUUACGAAGCCAACAUCACGGGGACGAUAGGCUACGGAAGCAUCGGUGGCUUGACGGGUGUAUCGGCGCAGGAUCUCUUCCUGUGGUUUCCGGUUAAAGGGAUCCGUGUGGACAUACCUAGCUCCGGCGUUAUAUACUUCGAUGUCGGAGUUGUUCGCAAGCGGUAUCCCAUGUCUCUGUUCGAGACUCCGAGAGAUUGUGUCGCUGUUGUUGAGAAGGUAUGGACUUUGGUUUUACCGAGUUUGAAUCUCUUGUCGGCAUUGUAAUAGGUUAUGUAAUAGAUUUGUGGAACUUGCCAUGUCUGUAAGUUGGAAGGAAGGUGUUGGAGAGUUUUGUUUGAGAUGUCCAGAUUCAUCACAUGUGACCUGAAAUGUUUUUUGAAUUUUUGUUUUGAUGUUUUGUACUUUGUCAUGCAUCUUUCUUUCUCCUUGUAACAUAAUACAUAAUCUAUUGUAUGAUAUAUAUUUGCCCAUUU